AGUGUGUUCCGUCUGGAGGUGUCGCAGCGAUGGCGGAUGUGUCUCUGGAUGAAGUGAUCCGCCGCCGCAGUUUCAGUGCUCGAGGAGUCAGUAAGAGGCCUGUGUAUGGCAGAGGGGUGGGGUCAGUGGGCAGAGCCUUUGAUGCCCGUCAGAAGAUUGGCACUGGUGACGUCAGACAGAGAUUAGGAGUGGGCGGAGCUACAGGAGCGUUUCAGGUGAAGGAUGCGCGGGAGAAACUGGGGCAGAAAGAUGCUCGCUUCCGCAUUCGUGGCAGAGGUGGCACUGCAGGCGCGGUACAGGACGCACGACAGAUGAUCAACUCUCGUAAACAGCAGCAGACGCCGUUAACGACGGCUCAGUCUCCGCCCGUGAAACCCACCACCGCAGGAAUACCACACAUACACAUCCACAACACCGGACCAAUCGGCUCCGCCGCCAGAAACUUCCCCACCAAUCAGGGGCUGAACUCCCGAAUGGGUGUGGCCUUGCAGCCAGGAGGCGGCAUUACUAAAGUAGUCGAUGCACGUGAUAGGCUGAGCUUGAAAAGAAGCGUCCCGUCGACGUCCAAUCAGAGCGCAGCACCGUUGAAGAUCACCAAAACCAUCCAGCAGAGGCCUGUGGGAAUGACCAGUGGGAGCCGGAUUAACGUUCCGAGUGACUCAGCAGCUCAGGACGUGUCAGAUGAUGAUGAUGAUGAUGGUGUGAUGCCCAACAAACAGAUGAUCACAACAGCCCACAGCCUGCAGACACGAGCUGGAUCUGUCUCUCUCUCCGCUCCCUUCACUAAAGUGGUGAAGAACGACUCGUACACACCAGCGUCUGUCCCCGUGCCACCCUCUCGCCCGCCCUCUCGCCCCCCCACACAGACCCUGCAGCCAGUCUCCAGGGCAACAGCUGCCACACAACAGAUGGGUGGAGACGCCAGCGUUCAGUCUGCUGCACCACAGAGUCUCACUCUGUCUCAGCCGGUGUUCAGUCCUCUUGAAGGCACGAAGAUCACAGUGAACAACCUUCAUCCUCGAGUGUCUGAGGAAGAUAUAGUGGAGUUGUUCUGUGUGUGCGGCGCUCUGAAACGGGCGCGUCUGGUCAAAGUGGGCGUGGCUGAGGUGGUGUUUGUGCGUAAAGAGGACGCAGUCAGCGCAUACAGGAAGUACAACAACCGCUGUCUGGAUGGUCAGCCGAUGAAGUGUAACCUGCACAUCCAGGGAAACAUCAUCACGUCUGAGCAGCCCAUCUUACUGAGAUUGAGUGACACUCCCGGUGCCACGGGUUCGGUUCAGAAGAACACCUCCGGCUUGCUUCGCUCCGGCUCCAGAACCUCGUCCACGGCAGAAGUGGAUCCGCAAACCAUCCUGAAAGCGCUCUUCAAAUCAUCCAAUCAGCAGACCAGCACCAGUGCCAGCGAGACGCCCGGCGCCACCGCCUUCCGCAUCAAGAUCUGACACGUGUUACACACUAACCUCCGCCGAACUGACGUCACAUGGUGUAAAUCAGGACUGCUGAUUGGCUCUGGGUCUGUUUUUAUUACGGGGGGUUUCAAUGAUUGUCCUGGUUCACAUUAAACACGUUUAUUUCCGUUUUAUGUUUUAAUGAGUUGUCAUGUGAGUGAGACCCGUUCACAGGUGAAUAGUAUUAAUACUGUAGCAGGUCUGUGAGUGUUUUUUCUCCAGUAAAUAUCUUGCU